AUGUUGUUCGCUCAGCUUCUGUUUUUGACCCUGCUGGUGGCGCCCGGUCAAGCAGUAUGGGACCAACCAUGCGAACGUGGGUGCGAGUGCUUGCGCGGCAAAGCCACUUGCAAGAACAUGAGGACCUUCCCUACCAAACUGCCGCGUCAUCUGCGCUACCUGGACGUGUACCAAUUGAAUGGUUCUAUAAUCCCUCCCGGUGCUCUUUCCGACCUGCCUCAUCUUCAAGAGGUGAAGAUCUUGAGUAGCAAGAUCAGUUCUAUCCGCCCAUGUGCCUUCAGCAACUUGGGCAACAUCAAAAUACACAUUGAGAACUGUGACAUCAAUCAAAUCGAAGCCGGUGCUUUUCGCUUCAUUUCCCAGAUGGCUUCGGUUUCUAUAAAAACCUCACGAAUUGUGCGUAUCUACAGUUUCGCCUUUAACGAUCUAAAAAACCUCACAUCUCUUGAGAUUUACAAAUGUAACUUCCAGACAGUUGGACCGUAUAGCUUUAACAAUAUUAAUUUUGUCAAUAAGAUCGAAUUCUCUUACAACUUUUUUCCUGUUCUCCCCGCUCUAACCUUUCGCAAUGUGACCAACAUCCAACAUUAUCAGAUGGAAUUCAACAAGUUUACUGGUUUCUCUUGCAAUCCUUUCGGACGUCUCUUUUGGCACGUUAACAUCACUACGCAGGUCCUGAACCAGUUCCCUUGUACCUGUGAGGUAGCCAGAUUCCUACGCUCAAAUUACGCCCUGCCAGACAAGAUUCAGGAAUUAUUUGCUCUUGAAAAUAUGUGCUACACACCAAGAGAGAAGUUCUUGACAAAACUCGUCGAAGAACAAGGCGAUUGUCACAGCCUUAUCGAAUCUGCGUGUACCGAAAAGUCCGACAGUAACCUCGAGCUGAUUUGCCACAAAAAAUCUUUCAAACGCACAGAUCAUUUUUCUUCUAUACUUCCUCGGGCCACAGUCAAUCCGACAAUUCCUUCGACCCGUGACCCAAACCGUCUAUACACAGACGAAGCUGAACCGUUCGAUCCAUCUCACAGAAAGAACGGCGAAAAUGGACACAUCCACUCGAUUUCAUCCGGAGGCAGCAAAAACAAAGAGGCAGCUGAUGGUACCAUGAAAGAAGGUUCCGCUUCUGGUGAUCGUGAGGGUUCAGCUUCGGGUGACAGGGAGGGUUCGGCCGAGGGCUCUGCCGAAGCUUCCAGCAAACAGAAGACCGAGAAAAGAAAGAAGAAGUCGAAAAAGACUAAGAUGGCAGUCGAGAUGGCCCCAAGUACGGUUUCUGGUUCGAUGUCCAGACGUACCGAACGUCCAGUGUCGAACGGGAAGGACCUCAACAGUCCGAAACCCUCGACUGUUGUCCCAUCCUCAAACAUCAACACCGAUUUACCCAACACCACCCCUGAGUCCGACUUGAAGCCUGGGAAUCGAAACAUUGAUAGUAACAGCGGGAUUGGGGCAGUGAAGCAUGUUUCCCCGACUGAGAAACCCUUCGAUUCAAGAAGCACAAAAUCUACUUCGCUCGAAUACAGAAACCAUCAGAGCCGAAGCGGACAGAAGGCGCUCGUCUAUUCAAAACUGAUUCUAUUUUCUUUCUUAAUGAUCAUAUACUUUGCAAUUCACAAACUCUUACUUGAAUCGACAGCCUGUUCAUCAAAAUCACAUGUUAAGUCUUAUCUAUCUAUCUAUCUAUCUAUCUAUCUAUCUAUCUAUCUAUCUAUCUAUCUAUCUAUCUAUCUAUCUAUCUAUCCUCAGACGGUUUUUAUCAAUUGA